AAGAAAGUGACGUUAGUUACUACGCUUAUAACUGGAGAACGCCUGGACCGAUUUCGGUGAUUACCACCAAUUCGGACAGGUCUCCGCCCAAACAAGGAGAAUACUUAAGAAAAUUCUGCAAAAUUUUCCAAAAAAAAAAUUAGGAAGAAAAUAAAUUUUCAGUUACGAUUUUAAAAAGGAAAUAAAAAGGAACAUGAUUUUAAAUGCUGUAUUGCCAGUAGAUGGCGUUGUGUGCAUCAACUUUUGACAGCUGCAUGCAUAUGCACAGUUGGCAACCCACGCAAGAUGCAAUGACAUACAUAUGUGACUUGAGUUUAGUAACAUAAAUAUCGGCAUUUUCUUAAGCUUUUAUCGGCUUUCGUUAGUUAUUGUAAUUCAAUUUGAUUUAAUACAUUAUUUUGAAACGAUAUAUUAGCCGUGUUUUAUCGGUAAUUUUAUGUUCACGGCUAUUGUGAAAAUUGCAAGCGAAAAGUGAUUGCAUAGAGGUGAGUUCAGUUUGAUGAAAUGCUCGUUGUAAAUGGUUAUGGUCUUUGUUAUUGCGUGCUCAUCGAUAAUCAACCCAAACAUAAAUUUCGGUCGUAAAGGUUGCAGUUGUGAUUGUUGGCGAAAGUCGGGAAUCACGCGAUAUUGUGCUCACACGUCGGAACUCUGGGCAAUUGCAACGAAUAUCCGAAACUCAUCGUUCAUACGAUGCAUUGCAAUACCCACUGAUGUUUUGGCAAGGAGACGAUGGAUAUUAUAUCAACAUCAACAUGAUAAAUUCAUCGACCGGUGAGGAAACUACCAGGAAGGUCAGCGGAAUGAAUUUUUACGCGUAUUGUUAGAUGAUUCGCCAAAAUGUUGACAACUAUUUGCUUCGAUUUCGCCGAUUGUUUCAGCAAUUUUGCGUCGAUAUGUAUGCCAAAAUAGAAGCGGAGCGCCUCCUUUUUAUCACUUUAAAUCAAACCAAACUACGUAUGGAGCAGUACAUUCAUUUACGCCAUGCAAUUAGCACCGAAGGAAAUGCAUCUGAUUUUGGUCGGUUGACUAUUUUACCGGCGACGUUCGUUGGCAGUCCACUUCAUAUGCAUGAAUAUACGCAAGAUGCAAUGACAUAUGUACGUCAUUAUGGCCGUCCAGACCUGUUCAUCGCCUUCACGUGCAAUCCUAAGUGGAUAAAAAUUGUUCAACUGCUGCUUCCUGGCCAACAAUCAAGUGAUCGGCACGAUAUCACCGCACGUGUAUUCAGGCAAAAAAUCCGGUCGCUCAUGCACUAUAUUGUUAGGCAUCGUGUCUUUGGGGAUACUCGAUGUUGGAUGUAUUCCAUUGAAUGGCAAAAAAGAGGCUUACCGCAUGUGCACAUUCUCAUUUGGUUAGUCGAAAGAAUACAGCCAGACCAAAUUGAUGACAUCAUAUUUGCCGAGAUUCCUGAUCCCGAAACCGAUCCAGACCUGCAUGAUGUCGUAAUUACAAACAUGAUUCAUGGACCGUGUGGCGCCAUUAACCCACAAUCACCGUGCAUGGUCGACGGCAAGUGUUCCAAGCGUUAUCCACAAAACUUGACUGCUGAUACCAUCACUGGCAAAGAUGGUUAUCCACUGUAUCGACGUCGAUCUUCUGAUGAUGGCGAUAGAACAAUCACAGUCAAAGUGAAAGGAAAUGAUUUCGUGGUCGACAACUCUUGGGUUGUUCCGUAUUCGCCACUUCUUUCCAAAACAUUCAGGGCGCAUUGUAACGUGGAGUAUUGCAAUUCAGUGAAGUCCAUCAAGUACAUCUGCAAAUAUGUCACGAAGGGCAGUGACAUGGCGGCUUUUGGUCUUCAAGCUCCUGACCCCAAUGAUGAAAUCACCCGCUAUCAAAUUGGUCGAUACGUAUGCUGCAAUGAGGCGAUUUGGCGUAUAUUCUCAUUUCCCAUUCAUGAACGCUAUCCGAGUGUUACACAUUGGGCAGUGCAUCUGGAGAACGGUCAACGAGUUUAUUUCACCCCAGCAAAUACCGCUCAGCGUGCUCAAAACCCACCAACGACAACAUUGUCCAGUUUCUUUUCGAUUUGCCAAAGUGAUCCGUUUGCACGUGCGUUAAUUUACUCAGAGAUGCCACUUGGAAUGCUUCAUCGAAGAAAUUUCAACGUCGAAAGCAAGGUAAUGUAGUUCCUGGUCAGCCGGAUGUGCGUUCUACUGAAGCUCUUGGUCGUAUUUAUACAGAUCAUCCGAAAAAUGAUGAAUGCUUUUACUUACGACUAUUGCUGAUGAAUGUUCGUGGCCCAACAUCAUUUGAAUCACUUCGAACUGUCAAUGGUGUAGUGCUGCCAACAUUUCGUGUUGCAUGUUAGGAGCUCAAGUUGCUGGAAAACGAUGCGCAUUGGGACACAACAAUUGCUGAAGCAACUGUUUCCGCAUCUUCAAAUCAGAUACGCACAUUAUUUGCGAUCAUUAUUUCCACAUGUUUUCCAUCGAAUCCACGUGAAUUGUGGGAGAAGUACAAGGAUGACAUGUCAGAAGACAUUUUGCAUCGAGUUCGUGUCCAUUCAGAGAAUCCCCAUCUUGAUAUGAAUGAAGAGAUGCACAACCACGCUUUGGUUUUGAUAGAAGACAUGUGUUACCUCAUGUGCGGCAGUUUGUUAGCCAGGUUAGGAAUGACGUCGCCUGAUCGUGGAGUAAACGACGCUUUCGAACGAGAAUUACAGCGUGAACGUGAAUACGACACAAAUGCACUAAGCCAAUUGGUUCGAACGAAUGUACCAUUGUUGAAUCCUCAACAAAAAGAAGUCUACGAUACGGUGAUGAAGGCAAUUGAUGAUGGAAAUGUCGGCAUGAUUUUCCUUGAUGCGCCUGGUGGAACUGGAAAGACAUUCCUCAUAUCAUUGAUUUUGGCUGCAGUUCGUGCAAGAUCAGAAAUUACUGUAGCAGUUGCUUCUUCGGGAAUAGCGGCAACGAUGUUGGAAGGUUGCCGAACCGCUCAUUCUGCAUUAAAAUUGCCAUUAAACCUGCAAGCGGUUGAAGAACCGACAUGUAACAUAGCGAAACAUUCAGCAAUGGCCAAAGUUUUGGUAGCAAGCAAAAUCAUUAUCUGGGACGAAUGCACAAUGUCGCAUAAAUGCGCGUUAGAAGCUCUGAAUUGCACUAUGAAAGAUCUGCGUAAUGACGCAAGACAUUUUGGGGGUGCAUUGAUUUUACUCUCAGGCGAUUUCCGGCAAACACUACAAGUAAUACCACGAUCGACCGCUGCCGAUAAGAUCAAUGCUUGCCUCAAAUCAUCACCAUUGUGGCGUUAUGUGCGGAAACUUCAGCUGACGACAAACAUGCGAGUUGCAUUGCUAAACGAUCCAUCUGCCGAACUGUUCUCCAAUCAACUGCUAACUAUCGGUAAUGGUCGUGUUCCUGUCGACGCAUCGAAUGGAUUCAUUUCGUUCCCGCCAAAUUUUUGCAAUUUCGUCUCAACGAAAGAGGAGCUCAUCAACAAAGUGUUUCCGAACAUCAUUGCUAACCACAAAAACUACGAUUGGUUGAGUGAAAGAGUAAUUUUAGCAGCAAAGAACAAGGAUGUGGAUCACUUAAGCUUCAAAAUUCAAAAUCAAAUCGUUGGGACACUGCAUUCCUUCAAAUCUAUCGACUGUGUAACAAACGAAGACGAAGCAACCAACUACCCUGAGUUCUUGAAUUCAUUGGAUGUGCCUGGCUUGCCACGCACAAUUUACAAUUGAAGGUUGGUUCAGUCGUCAUCAUGCUUCGCAAUCUCAACCAACCAAAAUUAUGCAACGGAACACGUUUAGCGGUCACAAAACUCAUGGCCAAUGUGAUUCACGCGAGGCUACUAAAAGGAAAAUUCAAAGGUGAGGAAGUUGUCAUUCCGAGAAUUCCAAUGAUCCCAACCGAUAUGCCAUUCGAGUUUAAGCGAAUCCAAUUUGCAAUUCGUCUCGCAUUCGCCAUGACAAUUAAAUAUCGUUGAGUGUUGUGGCCUGAAUCUGGAAAAUGCAUGUUUUUCACACGGACAACUGUAUGUCGCAUGUUCCCGUGUCGGAAAACCAUCUGCUUUGAUCGUUUUCGCACCUGACAACAAGACGAAAAAUAUCGUUUCUCACAGAGUGCUUCAAUGAAAUUACCUAAAAAUAAUUUAUAUGACUAAACAACAUUUGCUGGGUCAACUAGUUAUAUGAAUAAUAGUAGAAAUUGUAUCCCACAGCAACGCGUGGCCGGAUUCACUAGUGUUUAUAUAAAAAUACAUUAAAUCGUAUUAAUGAGAGCUCUUCAAUAGAGUUUGGCUAUGUUCGUAAAUGCAUCAUGACUUGCAGCAUAAGCAACAGUAGCAACACUGCAAGUUUGACGUUUGGUACUUCUUAUACAAUUUUUGACAAUUUGCAGAUACAUUUGUUUGCAUUUUUGAACGCGUAUAAUACUAAAAUGGAAAUUUUGCUGAAUCUAACACUAGACGAAAUUUGUGAGCAAAGAAAUGAUAGAUUUUCUUUAAAUUUAAGAAAAAGAAGGGUAUUGAAGUCAAAAAGAAAAAUUUGUAGGUACAAAUGUUUGUCUUUUAAAAGACAAAGUAUUUAUAGAACAAACUUUCGGGAUUUUUAAGAAACAGUUUAAAAUUUUAAAUUAUAUUGAAGCUUCGAGCAUUAAAGCCACAUCUAAUGUAAUACUCGCUUGCGCUAUCUUACACAAUUUUAUCAUAAAUAAAGGAGGUUAUUUUGAACAUAUUAACGAUACAAUAACACAUGCCGAUAUGGAAACCAACAAUGAAAUCGAAGGAAUUCAAGAUGCCCCCAUUCGCCUUGUUGAUUCAGAUGAUAUCAAUGGAAUCGAUAGAAGAAACUAUUUUACCACUCUGUUUUCAUCAUAAAAAAUUUAUUUUACCCCACCUUCCUUUAUUUGAAAAAUUUUUUAUUACUUUUUCUGAUGAACUUGAUUUUAAUUUUUAUUGUUUUCAUUUACAUUUUUAACUUCGGUCACAACUUUCUUCCACAAUACAUUUUUUUUCCUUCUACCCGAUUUAAACUCGUCCUCCAUAUUCAACCGUACUCUUAGCAAUAACUGUGUCUCGGCAUUACUGAGAUUUUCACUAAAAAUUUAAAAAUAAUAAUUUAUACAAUUAUUAUUAACAUAAUUUAACUAAAUUUCAAUUUUUGUAUUGAUUGUAUUAAAAUAAAACAGUUUUGCACUUACUUUUCAUCAGACAUCGUAGUUAAAUGCAGUAAACAAUUUUUUGAUAGAAAUUAUGAGUGACAGCUGAUAGAAGUGUUGUCUUUUUGAACGCUUGAUUAUUGCAGUGCUGCAAUAUUGGCAUUUCUGAACGUUCUGUUUGUUAUGCAAUCGUCAUUAUGCGCGUCAUGAUGCAUUUACGAACAUAGCCUUUAGUUAACAUCAUGCCCUAAAUAACACUAAUGGAAGUUAUAUUAAAAUUGCAUCAAACUGCAGAUGACUCCUACAUUGUUGUUAUUUAAACUCGAUAACCCCUUGACAAGUUAUUAGAAAAGACAAAUUAUAAAUAAAAUAGUUCUUCUUAUCGAUUCUCUAUUAAUAUUUUUAAUAAAUAAUUUCAUUAAUGUUUAACUACAACUGUUUGUUACCAGUUUAAAAUCUUUGAUAUUCAAGUCAACCUCACUGACACGAAGUUGAAUACUGUAACACCAAAAAAGUUAAAGUUUGACAGCACUUCAACCGAAAUUAUUUGAUGGGUUGAGUUGAAUACCGAAUUUUAAAACUCCAAUCAAAAUGUAGUUGGGUUGAAAACUGUAAUAGGAGCCAAACUCUUUAAAAUGCUCAUCUAAUAAAUAUAUAAGUAAAUUACAAUAAUUGCAUUUACAUUACAUAUACAUAUGUGUGUUGAAUUCCCGCACAUAAAAAAAUCAUUGAAGAACGCACCCAUUGCAGAAUCUAGUGACAGAGAUAAAGAGAUGUUUAACUCCUCUCUCACUGGAAGUGAGAGAACAAUUGCUAAACGUCAAAACCACCUAAACUUUGACAGUUGAUCGAGUUCAGGAGGUUUUGACGUUUAGCAAUUGGAAACGAGCGAUGGCCAGAUUGAAAUCUUACCAAAAAAAAUAUGUAAAUGGAGGGAUUUGUUGCAUCGUUCAAGACCACUUAUUAAAAAUGUAAAACAAUGAAAAUUAAAUAAAUUUGUGAAAUUUAAAGGUAUUUGAUGAAACGUUUUGUAAUUUGAAGCAUCAUAAGAAAACAUUUAAUGAUUGAGAGCUAACAAUCUUAAAUCCUAUUAUUGGGUAUUGAAAGGACAAAAGUCAGUUGUUAUAAUAUUCUUUAAAAAGAUGAAAAUAGUUUCUCCAUAUAAUAAAUAACCAUUAUUUAGUAAUUUUUAUUCGUACUAAAUGUUGGGUAUUGGGUUGAUAAAUGCCCAAAAAUGUUAUUUUGUUCAAUCUGGCCAGAAUGGAAAAUGUUAUAAAAAACGCUAAUUUUGAGGCGCUCUCACACUGGAAUAAGUUUAACAUCCCUUUAUUCCUGCUAGUGAUAUAUGAAUGGCUAAUUCGAUUAAUUUGUUGUGAAUGACUAUUAAGCAUGGCUAUUGUGAAUUGGCGCACCUUCUGCAACCAUUUUUAACAAAAAAUUGCGCCGCGCUUCAAAAAAAAUAACCAUGGCAACCCUUUUCUUAUUGUGCAAAUGCAGAGAAUUGUAACUAAAAUAAAAUAAUUAAAAUAAAGCUUUAUUUACAACAAAUAUUAAAAAAAUGAAUAUACCGAAACGUUAUAGUGAAGUGUUAGUAAGUGAAAAGUGCCCAAUAUAAGUGAAAAAGUUACUCACAAUACACAAAUUAUCAAUGUAAAAGUUGUCAAUUUUUCAACUUUAAAUGCAAAUAUCUUUAAAACUAUAAGUCAGCGGCAACUAAAUGUAUAUAUUUUCGUGAUCUGGAGAACGCCACCUUUCCAGUGACACCCAUUUUAUCCCCGAAAUCCGGGGAUGCUAAUCUAAAUCCCAGCCUUAAUUUU